AGCAGCUGCCGCUACCGCCGCCGCCCCCGCCCUUCCCCCUCCGCCCCGGCGUUGUCGCAAGCGCAGUCACGCACCGAGCGCGGCCCCAGCUUGGGCAGGAAGGGGGACACGAGCGGCGGGUGUCGCGGCUGCGCGGCAGGUGACAGGUUUAUUUACUCUCUCGCUUCGUGAGGGAUGGUUGUGUGCAACCUGCUUUGCAUCAACACUGACUUGUAUCCCUCCGUAUAGGAUAGAUGCCCCAGGAAGGGAACCGGAGCCUUUGUGGGAAAGAGUGGGCAUAAUGGGCCCCACACGCCUCGGGGUUUGCUGUAAAAUGGGACUUCUGAUUGUAGUCACUGGACUCUGGCUCUUUUCCUCAGUAAAGGCAGAUUCAAAAGCCAUCACAACCUCUCUUACGACAAAAUGGUUUUCUACUCCGUUGUUGUUAGAAGCCAGUGAGUUUUUAGCAGAAGACAGUCAAGAGAAGUUUUGGAAUUUUGUAGAAUCCAGCCAAAAUAUUGGAUCAUCAGAUCAUCACGGUACUGAUUAUUCCUAUUAUCAUGCAAUAUUGGAAGCUGCAUUUCAGUUUCUGUCACCUCUACAGCAGAAUUUGUUGAAAUUCUGUCUGUCUCUUCAUUCAUACUCAGCUACAAUUCAAGCCUUUCAGCAGAUAGCAGCUGAUGAACCUCCACCAGAAGGAUGUAAUUCAUUUUUUUCAGUGCAUGGAAAGACGACUUGUGAUUUUGAUGCCCUUGCGACUCUUCUUCUUACAGCACCUGAAAGACCCAAACCCUUAUUGUUCAAAGGCGAUCACAGAUACCCCUCAUCUAAUCCUCAAAGUCCGGUGGUGAUUUUCUACUCUGAGAUCGGCUGUGAGGCAUUUUAUAAUUUCCACCGCCAGCUUGUAUCAAAAAGUGAUGCAGGCGAGAUCAAUUACAUAUUCAGACAUUAUAUAUCUAAUCCUAAGCGGGAGCCUGUUUAUCUCUCCGGCUAUGGUGUGGAACUGGCCAUGAAGAGCACCGAGUACAAGGCCAAGGAUGAUACUCAGGUGAAAGGAACUGAAGUAAACACCACAGUGAUUGGUGAAAAUGAUCCUAUUGAUGAAGUUCAAGGAUUCCUCUUUGGAAAAUUAAGAGAUCUGCAUCCUGACCUGAAGGAACAUUUGAAAGAACUUAGAAAGCAUCUUGUGGAGAGCACCAAUGAAAUGGCACCUUUAAAAGUUUGGCAAUUGCAAGAUCUAAGCUUCCAGACUGCUGCCCGAAUCUUGGCUGCACCUAUUGAAUUAGCUUUGGUGGUUAUGAAGGAUCUUAGUCAAAAUUUUCCUACCAAAGCCAGAGCAAUAACAAAAACAGCUGUGAGUUCAGAACUUAGAACUGAAGUGGAAGAGAAUCAGAAGUAUUUCAAGGGAACGUUAGGAUUACAGCCUGGAGAUUCAGCGUUGUUCAUCAAUGGACUUCAUAUUGAUUUAGACACGCAGGAUAUAUUCAGUCUGUUUGAUGUCUUGAGGAAUGAAGCUCGGGUCAUGGAGGGUCUGCAUAGACUGGGGAUAGAAGGCCUUUCUCUGCAUAAUAUUUUGAAGCUGAACAUCCAGCCCUCUGAGGCUGACUAUGCUGUCGACAUCAGGAGUCCCGCUAUUUCCUGGAUCAACAACCUGGAAGUCGAUAGCAGAUAUAAUUCAUGGCCUUCUAGUCUACAGGAGUUGCUUCGACCCACCUUUCCUGGUGUUAUCCGGCAGAUCAGGAAAAAUUUGCAUAACAUGAUUUUCAUAGUUGAUCCUGCUCAUGAGAGCACAACAGACCUGAUGAGCACCGCCGAGAUGUUCCUCAGUAAUCACAUCCCACUAAGACUUGGUUUAAUCUUUGUGGUUAACGAUUCUGAAGAUGUGGAUGGGCUGCAGGAUGCCGGAGUGGCUGUACUGAGAGCGUAUAAUUACGUUGCCCAAGAAGUGGAUGACUAUCACGCCUUCCAAAUUCUGACGCAUAUAUACAACAAAGUAAGGACUGGAGAAAAGGUGAAGGUUGAGCAUGUGGUCAGUGUCCUGGAGAAGAAGUACCCGUAUGUGGAAGUGAACAGCAUUUUGGGGAUUGAUUCUGCUUAUGAUCAGAAUCGGAAGGAAGCAAGAGCCUACUAUGAGCAGACCGGAGUUGGCCUACUGCCUGUUGUUCUGUUCAAUGGGAUGCCCUUGGAAAAGGACCAGCUAGAUCCUGAUGAGUUGGAAACCAUCACAAUGCACAAAAUCCUGGAGACCACAACCUUCUUUCAGAGAGCAGUGUACUUGGGUGAACUAUCCCAUGACCAAGAUGUGGUAGAGUAUAUUAUGAAUCAGCCAAAUGUUGUUCCACGAAUCAAUUCUAGGAUUUUGACAGCUGAGCGAGAAUACCUGGACUUAACAGCAACCAAUAACUUUUUUGUGGAUGAUUAUGCUAGAUUUACUGCCUUGGAUUUCCAAGGCAAGACUGCUGCGAUAGCCAAUAGUAUGAACUAUCUAUCAAAGAAAGGAAUGUCUUCCAAGGAAAUCUAUGAUGAUUCAUUUAUUAGGCCAGUAACUUUUUGGAUUGUUGGGGAUUUUGAUAGCCCUUCUGGAAGGCAGUUAUUGUAUGAUGCUAUUAAACAUCAGAAAUCCAGUAACAAUGUUAGAAUAAGCGUGAUCAAUAAUCCUAGUGAGGACUUAAGUUAUGAGAACACUCAGAUCUCCAGAGCAAUCUGGGCAGCUCUCCAAACGCAGACCUCCAGCUCUGCUAAGAACUUCAUCACCAAAAUGGCCAAGGAGGAGACCGCGGAGGCUCUGGCGGCAGGCGCAGAUGUGGAGCAGUUCUCUGUCGGGGGCAUGGAUUUCAGUCUUUUUAAAGAGGUCUUUGAGUCUUCCAAAAUGGAUUUCAUUUUGUCUCAUGCCAUGUACUGCAAGGAUGUCCUGAAGCUGAAGAAGGGACAGAGGGCAGUCAUCAGCAAUGGAAGGAUCAUUGGGCCACUGGGGAAUAGUGAACUCUUUAAUCAAGAUGAUUUCCACCUCCUAGAAAACAUCAUCUUAAAAACUUCAGGACAGAAAAUCAAAUCUCAUAUUCAGCAGCUUCGGGUAGAAGAAGAUGUGGCAAGUGACUUGGUAAUGAAGGUGGAUGCUCUCCUGUCAGCUCAACCAAAAGGAGAUGCAAGAAUCGAGUACCAAUUUUUCGAAGACAGACACAGUGCAAUUAAGCUGAGGCCGAAAGAAGGGGAGACGUACUUUGAUGUCAUGGCCGUCAUUGACCCCGUCACCAGAGAAUCACAGAGACUUGCCCCACUGCUCUUGGUUUUAACUCAGCUGAUCAACAUGAAUCUAAGAGUAUUUAUGAACUGCCAGUCUAAACUUUCUGACAUGCCUUUGAAAAGCUUUUAUCGUUACGUCUUAGAACCAGAGGUUUUGUUCACUUCAGAUAAUAGCUUUGCUAAGGGUCCAAUAGCGAAAUUUUUGGAUAUGCCACAGUCUCCUCUGUUCACUCUGAAUCUGAACACACCUGAGAGUUGGAUGGUAGAGUCUGUCAGAACGCCGUAUGAUUUGGAUAAUAUUUAUUUAGAAGAGGUGGACGGCGUUGUGGCUGCUGAGUAUGAGCUGGAGUACCUCUUACUGGAAGGUCACUGCUAUGACGUCACCACUGGCCAGCCCCCGCGAGGACUGCAGUUUACGUUAGGAACUUCAGCCAACCCAGUCAUUGUGGACACCAUUGUUAUGGCCAAUCUGGGUUACUUUCAGUUAAAAGCCAACCCAGGAGCUUGGAUUCUCAGACUAAGGAAGGGCCGUUCUGAAGAUAUUUAUAGGAUCUACAGCCAUGACGGUACAGAUUCUCCACCUGAGGCUGAUGAAGUUGUCGUUGUCCUCAAUAACUUCAAGAGCAAAAUUAUUAAAGUAAAGGUUCAGAAGAAAGCGGACAUGGUGAAUGAAGACCUGCUGAGCGAUGGAACCAAUGAGAAUGAAUCUGGAUUUUGGGACUCCUUCAAAUGGGGCUUCACAGGAGGACAGAACACUGAGGAAGUGAAACAAGAUAAAGAUGACAUAAUUAAUAUCUUCUCUGUUGCAUCUGGUCAUCUCUAUGAACGAUUUCUUCGCAUAAUGAUGUUAUCAGUACUGAAGAAUACCAAGACUCCUGUGAAAUUCUGGUUCUUGAAGAAUUAUUUGUCCCCCACAUUUAAGGAGUUUAUACCUUAUAUGGCAAACAAGUACAAUUUCCAGUAUGAGCUUGUUCAGUACAAAUGGCCCCGGUGGCUUCAUCAACAGACUGAAAAGCAGCGCAUCAUCUGGGGUUACAAGAUCCUCUUCCUGGAUGUGCUCUUCCCACUAGUCGUUGACAAGUUCUUGUUUGUGGAUGCUGAUCAGAUUGUCCGAACAGAUCUGAAAGAGUUAAGAGAUUUCAAUUUGGACGGUGCCCCUUAUGGUUAUACUCCUUUCUGUGAUAGCCGAAGGGAAAUGGAUGGCUACAGGUUCUGGAAAUCAGGGUACUGGGCCAGCCACUUAGCUGGGCGAAAGUAUCAUAUCAGUGCACUGUAUGUUGUUGAUCUGAAGAAAUUUAGGAAAAUAGCUGCUGGUGACAGACUCAGGGGACAGUACCAAGGUCUGAGUCAGGAUCCUAACAGCCUUUCAAAUCUUGAUCAAGAUUUGCCCAAUAACAUGAUCCACCAGGUGCCAAUUAAAUCACUCCCUCAAGAAUGGCUUUGGUGUGAAACAUGGUGUGAUGAUGCCUCUAAGAAAAGGGCAAAAACAAUUGAUUUGUGUAAUAAUCCAAUGACCAAAGAGCCCAAGCUGGAAGCAGCUGUUCGAAUUGUCCCAGAGUGGCAGGACUAUGAUCAAGAAAUCAAACAGCUACAGAUCCGCUUUCAGAAGGAGAAGGAAACAGGAGCGCUGCAUGAGGAGAAGACAAAAGAGCCACGCCAGGAAGGACCUCAGAAACGUGAAGAAUUAUGAUCUCCAGAGAAGGAUGGGAAAUGACACGGUGUGAAAAACACUUUUAUAUUGAGCACUAGUUAUUUCUGAUUUGUCUAUACAACUACUGAUGAACGGGCUGAGCAGGCUGCGUGCCUUUGAUUCUGAGCUUUCUUUUGACUCCUGCACACCGGCGGGCUCCGCCUCUGCAGAGCUAAGGCUCCCUUGGAUUUGUACCUCAGAGGAAGACCAGUGGCCGAGCUGUUCGGCCUCUGCAAAGAGCAGUCUUCUAACAGCUCUAGAAAAGAAAUUGGCAAAAGCAACGGGAGUAAAAUGACCUCCUGUGCUCCCACACAGAGUGCACAGGUGCCACCCGCUGUGUGAGCACCGCUGCGGGAGCCCUGUGGGAGCCGAGCAGCCCUAACCGCUGUGUCCUUCCUCACUUCCGCUGACGGCAGGCAGCUGGGCGCAGUCUGCCGCCUGGGCUGCAGGCAGUAGCUCUGUCCAAGGUCUACACCUCGAGGUUUAGGCCAGGGCGCUCCUGUGUCUUUUCCUGCGUUUUCUCCCCAGCAUUAGUUCAUCGUUGAAUUGAGACCCAACCAACAAUUGUGUGUCUUCAGGGUUAGCUCGGGGCAAAUUAACUUGGGGACAGGAUGGGGGUGGAUUGGGGUGCGGGUAGGAGUAGGGCUCUGGGGUGUGGGAGCAGGUGAGGAAGACUGGAAAUUGGCCGCUGUCUUUAUAAACCAUGAAUACCGUUGUGACUAAUUGGAAAUGAAAACAUUAUCCUUAUUCCCCACCCAGCCUCAGCGAACUUUUUAGGUAAUUAUUUUGUAAACAAUUUUUGUAUUUGUGAAAAUAUUCACUUUUUUUUCCACUUUCUAAAGAAAUGUCGUUAUGAUUUCCUUACUGGAUACAGCCAUAGUGAGCCUGCGUGAAGGCUCGGGCUCCCUCAGGAAGGUCACUCUGUCCCCGCCCUCUCCUCCUGUGUAGGAGUUUCUCCGCCAGACCCAGGGGCAGUUGGCUCUGACUUUUCUCUACAAAAGACUCCCAGAUCUGAGAGCAGGAGGGUUUGACUGUGUAUCUCCUGGUUUUCUUACACACUUUUUCAUAGUCCCUUCAGUUUAGUGCUGUGGGUCGCCUUUGGCUUGCAGUUGCCAGCACCGCUCCUGUUCUCACUCCACACAGUUGCAUCUUGAAACCACAGAAGCCCCUUAAGUCGAUGCUUUUUAUGUCUGUGUUCAGCAGCCCAGGGUGGUCUGGAGCAGCCUGUCCUGGUGAGUGGGCAGGGCUGGGUGGGAGUCCCCCAGAGGGCUCCUCUGGUGUGCUGUUGGCCCGUGUGGGGUGGGGCUCCGGGUCCUUCCCUCUGCCUCCCAAGCUGCAGGGUAUAGCACGAGCACGUGGUGCACGGCGCCCCCUCCCAUGCAAGCACGCUUAUCACAUACUGCCUGCUUUUUAGAAACAUGCGGUGGGUGCGAGGGGGUAGCUAAGGCCUCACUCUUCUACGCCAGGCCACAUACUGAUUUGCAGUCUUUUUAAAAAAUCAAAGUCUUAUGAUAAAUAUCAGGUAAUUUAUAUUUUCCAUAUUCACAGUAUCUUAGGAGUCUCUUAGGUAGUCUGAAGGAGCUUUUGAGUUUGCUUCUAUAAUUCCAUUAAAAUUGGGGAGGGGGAGCUCAAAAGAUUUUUAGAUAAAUUGAUCCAACACUGAAAAGGACCCUCAGAAUCAUUGCUGGUGACAAAGGCUGUAGCAUGAGUUCUGCUGCCCUGCCCCUCACCUCAGGGUCAGAGCAGCUGAAGGGAUAGAACCAGUGAGGGUAAAAAACCAUUUGUUCAGCAGGAGAGGCGUCUGCUGCUGUGGACAGAAUUGUGCAUUUUCCCAGUUUCUUUUCUGGGAGAUUGUGCAGGAAAUGCUAAAGUCACUGGGAUAAGCUUUUUAAAUGCCGGUUCCCUUGGGACGUGACCCAGACUACCUUUCUCUGUGUCUUUGUACCAGGUCUCUGUGCAUAUUUCAUUUGAGGAAGGUACAGUGUCACAUCUGUUCCUGUAUACUGUGUGUUCUCAUUGCCCUCACCUGUCACCACCCUAUUAAUCGUUGAAUCGAAAUAUGCAAGACCCAGCUUGCUUCUGAAAUGAUCUGGGGCCUUCCUUCUCUUGCCAGUAACUCUUGGUUCAGGUGCCAUAAGCAUCUUUCAAUAUGAACCUCUAAUGCCCUAAGAAACUGUUACCACUAAAAUUUGGUCUUGGUCAUCUUUGUCGUCUUUACUGUAUGAAAGCAAAUUGUCACUAGAAAGACAGGAGAGUUUUUUUUUCCAAGAAGUGAGGAUUGAUUGCAUUGGAACAUUCUAGCUUCUGGAAACUGUUCACAGUGUAUUGUUUUUAACCACCAUUUGUAUGUAAUGGAUUUUUUUCCCCCUCUCAUCAUGCUGUAAUGGAAAAUUUUUCUGAAUGAGUGCCAAAAUGAUGUGAAAUAAUGUGACAUGUCAGAAUGACAUGCAGCAGUGUGACUAUUUAUGUUCUAUGAACAGUGGUAUUGGAUUGAGAUCAGAACCUGUACACACAGCCUGCUGCUAGGGCUGUGGGGACAUGCCUGUGUUUUGUUUUAACAUUGUACUCAAUACUACCACACUGAGAAUGAUGGCAUAUUCUCUUUCCAUAAGACUGAUGAAGUAUUGAAUCUGUCAAAUGUGGCAUUUCAAGUUGAAACAAACAGGUGAUUGCCUACCUACUAAGUGCAUGCAUCGUGGUACGCGCUCGUCUUGUGUGAACCCACCUCUUGGGAGAGCAAAGAUUUUACAUUGACUCAGUUUCCAAGAAUGGAGCUUCAUCUACUCUGCUGUCCUGUAAGUCCUUAUGGAUGAUCCUUGGUAAGGCUCUGCCUGAACAGACAGCCUUGAUGUGGUGCAAGAUGAAGGCUGAAAGCUAGGGAAGGCUGUGUGGUGUUUGGAAGAGACUGGCCCGGUGAUAGGGAGGAAGGAAAUCCCAGGUUCCUGUAGCUGGGAAUUUUGGUUUACCGAUGCUGUAACCUGGGACAGGUCAGACCCCACCCUCACUGCGAUAAGUAUAAAAUGGCUCCUCUUAGCCCACACCUCCCCUAUGAGUAAAUGUGGGUACUUGAAAGCAAUCCUUUUCUGAAAUUGCCAUGAAUGAUUAAAAGAAAUAAUUCAACUCAAGAGUUACAGGGAAUAUCUAGUACAUUUUUUUCUGAAUAAAAUACUAGUACUGUGCUAUCAAAUUUCAUGGAACUGUACAUGUUUUGGGAAAGCCACCUAAGGGAAACUUUCUCUUGGUAAUACAAACGGAGGGUGCAUUGUGUGCGAAGUUAUUUAUAUAUUCCACUGCUGUGUAAUUUUAAUAAUUAGUUUUUUUAAAUAUUUUAUUUUAUGGGGACAUUUUUGUGGGAUGAUUGGAAUUAAUCAACUUAAAUAUAAAUGUGUCUAGUUUAAUGAGAUAACAUUUUUAAAUUUAAGUUCAUGUUUGCCUUGCCUUGGUGUAGUGAGGAAAGAUCUUAAUCAGGACUUUGGUAAUUAUAUGAUUGAAUUCAAGCAAAUUAGGCUCAUUAAUUCAGGUCAUUACUGAUAGUUCAGAGUAUCUGGAGGAUACCAAUUUCUCUUUUAUUAUGUGGUCUUUGACCUCUUGAUCUAACAC